UCAUCAGCCAAUAGACAGGUCCAGUCACUCAGGCCCUGUCCUUAGGCAAGCCCUUUCUCUUAUCCGUUAGGCCCUGGAGUGUGAGGGAAAGAGAGAGGGUUACGAGGAAGAGGACCUCUGUAUGAAGCUUGGCACCUUGUGGUCCAUCAAACAAGUCGGCACCCUGGAGCCAUCGAAGAUGUUUUUCCGCCUCCCAAGGCUACCUCCUCGGUACAUCCGAUAUCUGCAGACACAGGCAGUGCAUUCUGUGGAUGUGAAGGCAAGAAGCUUGGUCAUUCCCCGCAUGGCUAUGGUACUGGGUGCCCUGGGCAUUGGAAUGUCCGGGUAUAGCUCACGCCAGCUUGCCCUGCACCAUAGCCCCUCCGCCCGCGUGCUGCAGUGGAUGGAUGAACCUGCUGGUGGCAGACCCUUGGCUGCCCGGGGCAGAUUCCACACAGCUACUGCUCUGCCUCACCAAGCAGCAGCCGUACCUGGUCUGGAGCUGCAGCUAUACCCUGUGCCAAAAUUACCAUAGGCACAGGUUUCCUGACCAGGAGGGACCACAUAGGUUGUACACAAACGUCUAAUCGUCUUCAAAUAUUUUCUGCAAUUUGGUCCAGUUUGAUAUCCCUCUAACCAAAAAAAGAAACCUAACACUGUCACCUUGAAUGAAUUGAGCGUGCAGUUUGAGGGGGCCAGAUGAACAAUUCACUCUGCUUUAUGGCGGAUGUUGUUUUGGAGAUUAAUGACAUUUUGAGACUGGGUGCCUUUGUCAAGCCUGAAGAGUUCUGAUGGCUGUUGGCGUAGCUGCCAUGUGCACAGAUUGCUAGCAAAUUGCUCCACUGGGGCGGGCUGCCAUUCCUGGAUGUUGGGGAGCUAGUCCACGUUCAGUGCUUGCCACUGAGUUUAAUGAAUGAGGAUUCAGAGCUGCUGGCAAUUGCCCCGUGGAGUAUUUCAAUCUGUCCUCUAAUGAAUCUGACCACUUCAGAGACACUCAUUUGUCUCUGAUCUGUGAGAGAAUGGUUGCGGUUUUGUUUAUUUUUCUACAGAAUAAUUACACUGAGGAAAAUGUAGGUUCUCUCAGGUAAUGGGGCUUUGGUGAGCCUAUUUUCAGACAAUACAGUAAUCAGUUCAAUGACACAGUACCAUACAAGGUUUGCUGUGCAAACAACUGCAAUGUAAACCCUGUUGCAUGAAUAAAGAGCCUUUUAGA